AUGGCGUUUUCUGACGCCCGGUCUGCGUCGCAGCUCGAACAAGCACCAUUCUCGAGAACACCACAGCCCAAGGAACAGCAAGGCGGCUAUAGCAUGAAUAGAAUCUGGAAUGUGCAGCACUCGUCGACGAGCUCGCCCGACAACACAUCGCUGAGCUCGCGUCGGAGCCUGCAGCUGGAUGGCAUGAGCAGCUCGACGACUACCAGCCAGCACACGUCGAGCUCGUCGCGAGCGAGCGUUGGUUCGAACUUUGAGUCUUUGCCAGCGGGUGCCGGGUUUCAGAAUUAUGCAUUUGAAGGGAGUGUAUCGAAUGCUUACAGCUACUAUCUCGAUCGCGGCAAUGGGCAGUUUACGAGGUUGAUACCGGCAGAUAUGCUACCUCCGAUGAAGGGGGUUCCGUCACGAGAAGAGGAGCACGAUGGCAUGGUGAUACUUCAACCGAUUGAAAGAUUGCAUCUCCAAAGUGCAAAGGACAGCCAUCAAGUCGCCGCUUCCAAGCAACAGCCGUCGCCUCUGCCAGACAAUCUCCAGAAUCAAAUCGAUUGCAUCGUUGCCACGAGCCCCAAAUCGACCAGAAGGGUCAAGAUAUACUGCGACAAGUGGAUACACGAGGGCGUUUGCGCUUUUACGCAGCAGGGAUGCAAAUUCAAGCACGAGAUGCCCCGAGACGAGGCCACGCAACGAUCUCUCGGCCUCUUCCACGGGUUUCCAGCGUGGUGGAAGAAACGCGCCGAGGAGCAAAAUUCGCCGCGUCGAGGCCUAGACGCUGCAUCACAGUCAACCUCGCCAGCGCGCCUGGGGUCUGCAGCACCACAUCUAGGCAACAAUGAUCCAUCGCAAGGCCCCAGUCAUCACUCGGGUACCAGUCUUGAGCAGCAGCGCAUCCUGCCACCGAAUGACCAUUCGUACGCGCAAAACAACUUCGCAACAGCACCGAAUCACUGGAGAGCCUCGGGUUCGCAAUGGAUGCAAAACGGCAUUGUGCCAUUCGUUCGAGGACCUAGGCGUGCUUAUUAG